AUGGCAACCGCACUUUCAGUCACUCGUUCAAACUUCCGGCAGUGCAAAGACACCGCUUUUUGUCGCCGAGCUAACGACGUUGCACUUGCUCAGAAAUUUAUAGUUGGUCCCAAAAUAGACCAAACUAAAACGUCCGUCACUUUACACGUCACCAACGCAAAAGACGUUUCCAAAUUUGACCUCCGCAUUGCUGGUCUUAAAUAUGGUAUUUUCCGCAUGUCUAUGCGCCACACCGAAGGUGGUGUGAUGUUCACUCGUUAUGAACCCGAGAUUGGACUUUCUGUGACUGAAUCUGGUCUUGAGGAAGUUUCCAUCAAAGUCAUUGACUCUUCCAAUUCCAUUGCCCUUGAGAACGUUUAUUCCGACGACUCACUCUCAUCUCACGAUCACGUCAGUCGUCUUGAAAUCAUGAAAAAGACGCUUGACGCGAAGUUGACUCUUGACGGUUCCUUGAUUUUAGAGAUUCCCGGUGACAAGUUGAGAUUUGAGACGGGCGGAAAGGGCGUUGACGGUGAAGGGGAGGAGACAUAUAAAAGCUUCACCGACAAAAAGCCUCAUGGCCCUUCACUUGUAUCGAUCACAUACAAGUUCCCGAAUUCUCGGCACUUGUACGGGAUUCCCGAUCAUGCGACCAACGUAUUGUUGAAGAACACGGACUCCACCGGAUACAAUGAGCCUUACCGGUUAUACAACACUGACGUUUUUGAGUUUGAGGUUGAUACUGAAAUGACUUUAUAUGGGACUGUCCCUAUUAUAUACUCAUUAGGAAGUAAUACGGGAGCUGUCUUCCAUAAUAACCCAACGGAAACAUUUGUGAACGUCGUCAACCAAGAGACUCGAUUUGUUUCCGAAAGUGGAAUUUUGGACGAAUAUUUGUUACCCGGACCAACUCCUAUGCAACAAGAAAAACAGUUUUUGCACUUGACUGGCGUCUCACCACUUGUACCAAAAUACUCGUUGGCAUACCAUCAGUGCCGAUGGAACUAUAUGAGUCAAAACGAGGCGGAAGAAGUCAUUGAAAAGAUGGAUGAGGCAAACAUCCCAUUUGACGUGUUAUGGCUGGACAUUGAACACACCGACGAUAAGAAAUACUUCACGUGGAAGAAAUCGCAAUUUCCGGAUCCAGCGAAGUUGAUUGAUGAUUUGAAAAAGACGGAGAGAAGACUUGUCACGAUUGUGGACCCACACAUCAAAACAACAUCGUCGUAUUACGUCUAUAAAGAAGCACAAGAUCAGAAAUUCUUGAUCAAGAAAAGCGAUGGAAAUAGCGAAUAUAACGGGUGGUGUUGGUGUGGGAAUGCCGCGUAUGUCGAUUUCAUUAAUCCAAAGGCUAGAGACUGGUGGGCGACACUCUACGACUUUUCGAAGUAUCAGUACUCUUCCCCUUACUUGAUGAUUUGGAUUGACAUGAACGAGCCCAGUGUGUUUAACGGACCGGAAACAACGAUGCAGAAGGACAAUAUUCACCAAGACGGAGAGAACACAUUUGAACACCGUGACGUCCAUAACAUAUACGGGCUGUCGUAUCAAGCAGCAACGUAUAAAGGGUUGCUUGAGAGAACUAAAAACGUCGAUCGACCAUUUGUGUUGUCAAGAAGCUUCUUUGCAGGAAGUCAGAAAUUUGGCGCUGUAUGGACUGGAGACACGGAUUCGACAUGGGAGCACUUGAAAAUGUCUGUGUAUAUGACACUGAACUUGAACUUGGUUGGUAUUAUUCAGAGUGGUGGAGAUGUUGGAGGGUUUUUCCGAAAUCCUGAUGAAGAGUUAUUGGUGAGAUGGUACCAAGUUGGAGCGUUCUACCCAUUCUUUAGAGCACACGCGCACUUGGACACAAAACGAAGAGAGCCAUACUUGUAUGAGGGCGAAACACGAAGAAGAUUAAAAGAAUCGAUUGAAAGGAGGUACGAAUUAAUCGACUUCUAUUAUAGAGAGUAUUACCUCUCGAGAACAGAAAAGACCGCUUUGAUGAGACCACUUUUUUAUAAUUACCCGGAAGACCAAAACUGUGACCAGGUUGAAGACGAAUUUAUGAUUGGAAAGGAUUUAUUGGUUGUCGGGGUUGUCCAGAGCGGGGCAAGUAGUGUCAAGAGAUACUUGCCACAAGGAAUAUGGUAUGACUACAAGACUUAUGAAGUUUCAAAAAGCGGAUUUGUCGAUCAAAAAGUCGACAUGGACGGCAUUCCAGUAUUUGUCAGAGGAGGUGCUGCAAUUCCAAUCAAAGAGAGGAGAAGACGAUCUAGCGAGUUGAUGAAACACGACCCAACCACAUUAGUGUUUUAUGCGGAUGAAAGCGGAAAGGCUGAGGGUGUUUUGUAUAAUGACGAUGGAUUAACCUUUAAAGAAAAUCACAUAAAAAGUGUUAUUCGAAUGGACAAAAAUGGAAUUAAAUGUGAAGUUGUAGAAAACGUUGGGGGCGAUCAAAUCACGAACAACCUCGAUGUCAUUAAAAUUGUCGUUGUUGGUGCGAAGCAGCCACAAGGUCUUAGAGAAGGAAAAAGAAAAUUGUUCUUCGACGAAUACAGAACUCAACAAAUGAACGGGAACGGUUUUGUGAUAAGAAAACCUGAGGUGAACAUUGGAAAGGAGUGGACCAUUAAAUUUGAAGAGAGAGAAUUGUGA